AUGACUGCUGGUGCCUGGUCUGUUAACCCUUGCAAUCUUACAUCAGCGCUCUUAAAAGCUGCAGGGUUAGAGCUAAUAGCUGUUGUGCCCCUGAGAGAAGUCAUUAGAACUCCGCUGGUGUCUGAGAUGAAAGAGCCGCACAUCAGGAUUGUCGACUUUGGCGUCUCAUCAUGGACGGAUCGUCACUUGACGGAUUCCAUUCAAUCGCCUGCUUUGCGAGCACCCGAAGUUACCCUCGGCGCCGAAUGGGGCCCUGGUGUGAACAUCUGGAGCUUGGGAUGUUUGAUGAUCGAAUUUGUGCAAGGAUACGUCCCCUUUUCCGGUAAGGCCUCGAAAUACGGCACCUGGACGGUGGACGAUGAUCGAUUAGCGAAGAUGAUUGAGAUUCUUGGUCCGUUUCCAUCUUCGCUUUUGAAGCGGGGGAAGAACGUUAGCUCAUUUUUCGAUGAUAAGGGGAAUCUCACCCGCGUCCCUGAAUUCAUCGACUUCGUGCGAGGAAUGCUGACGAUCGACCCCGAGCAGCGCAAGUCCGCGAAGGAGUUGUUGCAGCAUGAAUGGUUGAUCUAA